AUGGCACCACGAUAUAAAAUAACAUAUGAAUAUGUUGGAAAAUAUUUUACAGGUUGGCAAAGAUUAACUUAUGAUAUCAAUCCUUUACCAGUUCAAAAUGUUUUAGAAAAUUCAUUAAAACAUAUAUGUAAUAAAGAAAUCAAGGUAUUUGGUAGUAGUAGAACUGAUUCUGGUGUUAGUGCAUUGGGAAACACCUCGCAUUUCGAUAUUGACCAGCGUACCUCGAGAAAGGGUAAACCAUUACCACUAUUAACAACUGAUGAAUUAACAAUGGCAAUAAAUUAUAAUGUUGGUGAACAAUAUUUAGAUAGAGUUAGAAUUAUUAAAACUGAAAUUGUAGAUGAUAAUUUUCAUUCAAGAUUUCAUGCAACUUCAAGAACCUAUUUAUAUAAAAUCUUAGCAAACUGUGGUAAAAAGCAAACACCUUUAGAAUUAUUAGAUAGAGUUUUAGAAAUUAGCUUUAUUUUAGAUGUAAAUAAAAUGAAAGAAGCUGCCGAAAUAUUAGUUGGGAGACACGAUUUCUCGAGUUUUAGAAGUAAAGAUUGCACUAAAAAUCCAGUUAGAACUAUAGAGUAUAUUAAAAUCAUUGAAUUACCAACACCAGAAAUCAUUCGAUACCAUCCAGAUUUCAUAAACUGUUCAAAAGAAAUUAAUAAUAACGUCAAUCAUGGUUUACAGUAUAUCGGUAUUGAAAUUAAAGCACAAUCAUUCCUGCAUAAUCAAGUUAGAAUCAUGUCUUCUGCUCUUAUUGAGGUUGGUAAAGGAACCAUUACAAAAGAUCAAUUAAAAGAAAUUUUAGAAAAAAAGGAUAGAUUAGCAGCUCCAUCAACUAUUGCAUCCGAACCUUUAACACUUAUAAAAGUUUCAUAUGACCAUAAAAAAAAUAUAGAAAAUAAUAUAGAUAAUAAUAAUAAUAUAGAUAAUAAUAGUAUUUCCAAUCGCAUAAUUAAAUUUCUAAAAAAAAUAUUUUAA